UGAUUGGAUCAAAAGUGGAAUUUAAUUCCGAGUCUGCGUCCGCGAAGCUGUAGAGAGAGAGCGAGAGAGCGAGAGAGAGAGAGAGAGAGAGAGUGAGUGUGUGUGUGUGUGUGUGAGCGAACGCAGCGUCGAAGCCGCGAAGCAACCCCACACCCAUCCGCGAUGAGCCUCUUCGGUCUCGGAAGGAAUCAAAAGACAUUUCGACCAAAGAAGAGUGCUCCAUCCGGUAGCAAGGGUGCACAGCUCCGUAAGCACAUUGAUGCCACUCUGGGUAGUGGAAAUCUCAGGGAAGCAGUAAGGCUUCCCCCUGGCGAGGAUAUUAAUGAGUGGCUCGCUGUCAAUACUGUUGAUUUCUUCAAUCAGGUUAAUCUGCUGUAUGGAACUCUCGCAGAAUUCUGUACACCCGAGAGCUGUCCUACAAUGACUGCAGGGCCUAAGUACGAAUAUAGGUGGGCAGAUGGUGUACAAAUAAAGAAACCGAUCGAAGUUUCUGCACCAAAAUAUGUCGAGUAUCUGAUGGACUGGAUUGAAGUUCAGCUUGAUGAUGAAUCCAUAUUUCCUCAGAAACUUGGAACACCAUUUCCCCCAAAUUUUAAAGAAGUUGUUAAGACGAUAUUCAAACGUCUGUUCCGCGUUUAUGCCCACAUAUACCACUCGCAUUUCCAGAAGAUUGUCAAUCUCAAGGAAGAGGCGCAUCUUAACACCUGCUUCAAGCAUUUCAUUCUUUUUACAUGCGAGUUCGGUUUGAUCGACAAGAAGGAACUCGCGCCGCUACAGGAGCUUAUAGAGUCCAUCAUAGUUCCUUAUUAAGAGUAAACUUGUAUAUCUGCGGACUAAAAUGCCUACUGUUUAUCGCUAAUUCUUGGAACAAUGUGUGAUGUGCGAUCUACUCCGAUAUUUAUUAACUGUGUUAGUGUGUCGAACUAAUUGGUAAUGCUGGUGCCGUUGCAGCGAUGCAAAAGAGGUGAAGCGGUAGUUUCAAUACAUUUUAAAUCAACUUCUAAUAUCCGUUUUAACCUCUUCGUAAA